GCGAAACCAUCUGGCUGCCGGGAAGCCGGAAGCGGCAACCUGGGCUUUCUAGCCGAGGCGGGGCUGCCCGGGAGAGCCGGGAGGCGCUUCUGAGGGGAGGGCCGCGGUCAGCGUGCAGUCACCAUGCGGUGCUCUGGACUGGCCGGGGCGGCGCGGUAGGGUGGUGACCUGCGCCGGCGGGAGAGCUUGCAACAGCCGUUUCUGGAGCGCGUUCCUUUACGUUAUCCCGCUAUGGGGGCCGAGCAGAGCGCCGAGGCUGAAAACCGGCCUCAUGAACCGAAUAGUUCAGCAUCCCCUUCACCAGCUAAACAACGAGCCAAAAUGGAUGAUAUUGUGGUUGUGGCACAAGGGACACAGUCAUCACGAAAUGUGAGCAAUGACCCAGAUGUCAUCAAACUGCAGGAAAUUCCAACUUUCCAACCCCUUCUGAAAGGUCUUCUCAGUGGACAGACAUCCCCCACCAACAUUAAACUGGAGAAGCUAGACUCUCAACAAGUUCUGCAGCUUUGCCUCCGGUACCAAGAACAUCUUCACCAGUGUUCAGAAGCUGUUGCCUUUGACCAGAAUGCACUAGUCAAACGGAUCAAAGAGAUGGAUCUUUCGGUAGAAACUCUUUAUAGCCUAAUGCAGGAGCGCCAGAAAAGAUAUGCCAAGUAUGCUGAGCAGAUCCAGAAGGUCAAUGAGAUGUCUGCCAUCCUUCGCCGUAUCCAGAUGGGCAUCGACCUGACCAUUCCUCUGAUGGAGCGGCUGAACAGCAUGUUGCCAGAGAGUGAGCGCCUGGAACCAUUCAGCAUGAAGCCUGACAGGGAGCUCAAGUUGUAAUUUUCCCUCACAGCCUCCAUGUACCUUCUCAUGGACCCCACUUGAUAAGGAAUAUCCUCGGAAUGUCUUGCACUCUUCAGAGGUCAAAAAGCACUGGUGCCUCUUUUGUGAUAAGAGAAGAGGUACACUUGAAUUUCAGGGACAGCAAUUUAAAAGACAGUGACUUGAAAUAAAGUGCUAUAUACUUACCACUAAUACCAUUAUUUUGACCCAGUAAAAUUGUGCUUUAACAAUGCCAUGGUUGUGAACAUUUUGCUUUGGGAGCUGUGCCCACAUGUUUGUUUACUGAGGAGCCCUCUUGUCGUCCACAGAGUCCCUUCAAGAUGUAUUGCAAAGGCAGGAAACCUUCUGGUCUUGGGAGGAGCCCUCUUGUUGUGAUUUGACAUCUUAGUGGAAAUUUUGAGGCAUAUUUCCAGGCAGUGGGUUUCCAGCCAUAUUUUUUAGGAAUCCUGGUUUCCCCUAUGAGAAGACUGAUGAUAGCAGACAAACAGCUUACGGAAGAGUUUCUUUGUCACUGUGUGUGGUUCCCUGUAGUUCAGAACUUCUGUGAAUUGCUAGCUGCACAAUAAUAUUAGCAGUCCGCUUGGAGCAAGAUGACUACCAACCCAUAUGACUCCCCCCCUCCACCCCCAUUACUGUGUGUGUCACACUUUGCCAGAAUGCCUUAGCAGAUAGAUGAGAAGACAUAUGGAGGAUGUGAGUGUCAAAACUGUUGUUCUUUCUCAUACCGUCAGUUCACUCAGAGCAUGGGUCUUCCUCCUCAUUGAUUCCUUAUGAAAUGGAGAGCCAGACCCCAUGUUCCUUUGUCCUGCUUUGUCACCAGGAAAGGAAAGUAGCUGCAGACAAGCUGUCUUGCAGGGAGACUUGUUUGGCAUUAUCAGUUAAGGAAACUGUGGUAAGGUUCUGAGAAACCUCCAGGUUCCCCAUAAGACAAUGUGAAAACUACUGCUCUCCUAGCACAGGAACAUUUCCUUUGGCUAUACUGCAUCAAAAUAAAUUGGGAAUACACUGUCUGAGAGCCUUCAGGGAAGAAAAUCCAAGUCUCCACUUCUCUCCAGGGAAAUCUUUCAGUCCAUUUAGUGAUACCUGUAUAGCUUACAUUAUUCUUAGCUUUUGAACUGGUGCAUAUUCCUUUGGCUUGUUCAUAGCUGAGUGUAUAAAACCAGAAGCAGACUUAUUAAACCCACCUACUAUAUUUUAAUACGAUGGUGCAGACCGUUUCCUUUUGGGGAUCUCAUCGACCUCUCCUCCCUUGAGGUAUUCUGUAUGUUUUUAAAUUGGCUCCUUAUUUUUUAUAGGGCUGUUAAAUGAAUAACCGUUUGAGCUGUGUAACUGUUGCAGCUACACAGGCCCCAGGGCUAAGGCCUCCCAUGUAGGGUGGCGGGAUUGAUGUCUCCCCUACCGAGACCCCACUGCCUGUUUCCAUGACAGCAUUCUGAAUGAGAGGUGCCCCCUCUCUCUCCUUCAUAUUGCUUUGCUUUGUCAAAAGGUCCCUAGCAGAAUCAAUUAAUAAGGCAAUUCCCUGCAUUAUUGGGAAUAGAGGCCAUGUUUAAUCUAUGGCUACAGGAAAUUGGAACAGCUGCCAAGCCAGAGAAAGGUGAAUUUGUGUUUAUUCCUAAGGCAGUGUCAAACUAGUUAUGCCAAACAUAAAAAAAUGUCACCAUCCACUUGUAGCGGGGCUUGGUAUAUCCCUAAAACAUGGUCAGACAACUUUAAAUUCUCAAUUUAAGGGCAGGGCCAUGGUUUGUUUUGGCUUCUGUCUCUUAUAUUUUGUAACUUAAGUGCAGCUUUGGAGAUUUGCUGUUUUAAGCAUUGAAGUAGAAUUACAUGGGCUAUGGAGGCUAUAUUACAGCUGCUUUCCAUAUUUAAAGCAAAUAUCCGCCUCAUACAAAUGCUGACAAAACUUGCCAUAACUACAGAACAGAAACCAACUUUUUUUCCUGAGGAAAACACCCAGUCUUCAUCCAGUCCUAUGCAGGGUGGAUUUGAUUUAAAUCACAAUUUAGAUCACAAUUUAAAUUUUAAAAAUCGGCUCUUUGACUAUUUAAAUAAAAAUAUUUUUAUUUAAAUGAAAUUUAAUCUUUAUCCACCCUGGUCCGACGUGUAUUUAGCCUGGUGUGGAAAAUAUCAUGGUACUCCUAAUUUUUGUACAGCUUCUUACUCACCUGCAAGCAUUUGUGUUCUCUUUCAUUGUGGCAUUUCCUCUUCUGGCCAGGUCCUGAGGAAUCCUGAGGCUUAUUAUCAGGUUAUGCAUUUUGUUGUUGUUUGCUGUUUAGUUGUUAAGUCAUGUCCGACUCUUCAUGACCCCAUGGACCAGAGCACGCCAGGCCCUUCUGUCUUCCACUGCCUCCCAGCACUACCAAAAAACCCAGAACUCUCUCUUAUCUCCCAAGUCUUGGAAUACAAACACAGAAAGUUGCUCUUAUAUACCUGUUCUUACUUAAUUUGAGAAAAGACUUUGAUGUAUGGUGGGGGGGGGGAAGGAACCGGAUACUCUUCAUUAAGAGGAGGAUUUGAAACCUGGUUAGCAUGAUUUUGUUGUGCCAGAUAAUUGUACAGUUUUGACACUGAGCCAUUUUAAUUUUCAUCUGUUUGCUCUUUUUUGUUGGUGUAUUCAUAUUUAAAACUGGAUUAUUAUUUUGAAACAUUUUGACAUUAAUUCUUGUUGAAAUGCAGUAUGCAGCUAUUUUAAAUAAACAGUACAAAUUGUAGAGA